AUCUUCAGUUUCGCUCUCAAUAACCCUAGAUUUGACUGUUGUUAAGAAACUCUAACUCCUUCAUCAACGUUGUUAGAAAUUCUUUGUAAUAAUCGAGUUUUACUCAAAGAUCAAAAAAGAAACUUGUUCUUUUCCCUUAUGUUUUGCUUACCGCUUUAUUGUGUCGGAUCAUUUGAUAUUAUUUUGGUACCAACUUGUGUAUUAUAUAGUCUUAUGAUAAUAGCAAGGAGAUGGUUGGAAACUCGUUAGCUUCACCUUUGGCAACAUUGGGUUCUGCCAAAUGCUUUCGCCAUCCUGCAGCUGAUCUUGUAACAUACACUAAUGUUUUACCAUUGAGCCUGAACUCGAACUCGUCGUGUCAUGGUGUGAUUGGAGGAGUAAGGACAUCUCUUGUUUCGCGAAAGAAAUGGAUAGUCUUUUGUUCAACAACACAAGUGGAAACAUCUAGUGAAGAUCCAAAGACAUGGGAAGAAUGCAAAGAAGCUCUGUCUUGUUUUGAUUUCAGUGUAGAGGAGAAAGACAAGAUACUAGGAAAAGCGUUUGGUCAUAUCCACUCUCCGUACUGGACCGAAGAACGAGUGAAAGAGAAUCCGAAAGUGGAAACUUUAAAUCAAAUACUGGAGUUUCUUAGAAGUCUCGGUUUAUCAGACGAAGAUCUGCAUAAGGUGAUGAAGAAAUUCCCGGAAGUACUUGGUUGCAGUCUUGAAGAGGAGAUGAAACCAAACAUUGGGAUUUUGGAAAAGCAAUGGGGGAUUACGGGUAAGCAACUACGAAAUCUGUUGCUUCGGAAUCCGAAAGUGUUGGGAUACAAUGUGGAUUGUAAAGGAGAUUGUGUUGCGCAAUGCACUCGGUGUUGGGUUCGGUUUUAGUGUCGAUUCUUCAAGUUGAAUGAUCGUUGAUAUUGUACCUAUUUGAAUGUUAGCUUAGAAUUAGAGCAAAAGCUGAUUUGUAUCUAGUCCUCCGUCUUCUUGUUUCAUCACAGCCACCUAAAUAAACAAUCAUGGAUCUU